AUGACGAUGGAGAUACCAGGGCGCAUUGUCGCUGUUCUUCUCCUUAUGCUGCUUCUCCUCCUCCUCCUCCUAUUCAUCCUCCUCGUUGCCUGCAAACCAUGGCGCUUCUUUUCCUAUUCCCUUUCUCGCACCAUCAAGGUUCAUGACCUUGAGAGACCCCUUGUCUCUGAUGCUGCGGUUGUCACUCAAAACCAAAUCAAUGAACUUCCGAGAGAUUAUGAUUUGGAGGGCGCACUUCAAACUGAUGGGCAUUUUCGGUCCCCAAGUUUACACGGAUUGAUCCACAAGCAAAGACUACCUGCUGCGUCUCCCCAUUUAUGUCAGGGUGAUAGAUUGGUUCCAGAUGUAGUUGCUGAUCCUUUAGACGAUAUUUCUGUUGGUCAAACACUUAAACGUUCAUAUUUCACAAGCCAGAUUCCAGAAGUUCGAAAGCAUGCGAAACCAAGCAUAGGAAGUGAUCAACCCCACGAGUCUGCAAGUCAAGUUAUCUCACAUGGAAGAAGUUACCUCACUUUGGAGGUUACCUCCGGUCCUUCUCGUGGAGUGCGCUAUUCCAUACAUUCUGCGGACACAUCUAGGCUCCAGUUGACCCUUGGAAGAGCACCUCCUAGUGAUAUACAGCUAAAGGAUUCAGAAGUUUCAGGGAAGCAUGCCUCAAUAAAAUGGAAUCUAAAUAGUAUGAAAUGGGAGCUUGUGGACCUGGGUAGCUUAAAUGGGACCUUAUUAAAUUCUCAACCAAUCAGCAAUCCCGAUUCUGGAAUUAGACAGUUGAGUGACCCAGUUGAGCUUGCUAGUGGAGAUGUUAUAACUCUUGGUACAAGCUCCACUGUGUAUGUUCAAAUUACAUCUGAGAUUGAGAGCCAUAUUCCUUUUGGAGUUGGGAUGGCUUCAGAUCCAAUGGCGUUACGUCGAGGUGGAAAGAAAUUUGCCAUGGAAGAUGUUUGCUAUUAUCAAUGGCCUCUUCCUGGGGUUGAUCAGUUUGGACUCUUUGGUAUCUGCGAUGGACAUAGUGGAGUAGGGGCUGCCAAAUCUGCUAGCGAGAUUCUUCCGGAGAAGGUCGCCACAAUUCUAUCUGAUCCACUAAAGAGGGAGAGGGUAGUAUCUCUUUGUGAUGCUUCAGAUGUUCUUAGAGAAGCAUUUUCUCAGACUGAAGCUUGCAUGAAUCACUAUUAUGAGGGUUGUACUGCCACGGUGCUUUUGGUAUGGGCUGAUAAUGACGAUAAUUACUUCGUGCAGUGUGCGAAUGUCGGGGACUCUGCUUGUGUUAUGAAUGUUCAUGGGAAGCUUUUAAGGAUGACAGAAGACCACAGGAUAACUAGCUAUUCAGAAAGACUCCGACUAGAACAAGCAGGAGAACCAUUGAAAGAUGGGGAGACACGUUUGUGUGGCUUGAACCUUGCAAGGAUGCUUGGUGAUAAGUUUCUUAAACAACAAGACCAUCGCUUCAGUUCAGAACCUUAUAUUAGCGAAGUUGUCCAUGUAGAUCAAGGAAGCAAAGCUUUUGCGGUGAUGGCAAGUGAUGGCUUUUGGGAUGUGAUUGGUGUGAAGAAGGCAAUUCAGCUGGUCCUUCAGGCUAGGGAAAGAUACUCCACAGGUGCAGAAAAGUCGGCCGAAAAGAUGGCCAAUUUUUUGUUGGGCGAGGCUAGAACACUGCGUACAAAAGAUAACACUUCUAUUAUUUUCUUAGAUUUUGACGUUCCUCAUAGAAUCACUUGUAAAGUUGAACCAUGAUAAAUAAUUAUGUAUUACAAAUGUUGUAGCAGUGGCCUUAGCAAUUGUAAUAUUUGUAUAAUUUUCUGAACUUUAUUCUUUUGGGCAUUACCAAACCCUUAUAUAUAAAGAAGCCAAAUGGGAUUACGCGUUGGCAAAUUAUUCACAUCU